GAACAUUUGUUUUCACCAGUGUCAUCAACCUUCACUAGAGUUAAGUGAUCGGGGCGAAACUCGAAAAGAGCUUCUUGCCAAAUUAAACAGAUGAUAAAGAGAUGAUCAAGUUUUGGUAGUUCGUACUCAGUGAACUCGGAAAACUCCACAUUCUUUCGUUGUGUAACACAAGUCGCGUGUGUAGUGUUAUGCUUGGGAAAUUGUCUGGGGAGAAAACUUCUUGUGGAAGAUUAAGACUGUUGUAGGAGUGUGAUCCUUCCUGUUGAGAGAGAGAGGUAGGAAGCUAUCAAGAAAGGUAGAAAGUAGUAGCAUAGCUCGUGAUAACUGGAUCAUGGCUGGCUCAGCAGCAUCUCCCACUUCCUUAGUUGAGCUUACUAUUUCCUGCAGGAAUCUACGUGACACAGAUGUCUUCUCAAAGUCAGAUCCGUUGUGUGUAGUAUUUUAUCAGCCUUUUGGAUCAAAAGAGUGGACUGAGCUUAAAAGAACUGAAUGUAUAGAUAAUACACUCAACCCUGACUUUGCCACUAAGAUCCCACUCACCUAUCACUUUGAAGAACAACAAAAUCUUAAGUUCAAGUUGUUUGAUGUUGACUCUAAUUCACCAUCCCUUGAUAACCAUGAUUACCUUGGAGAGUGUGAAUGUACCUUGGCACAAAUAGUCAGUUCUCGGACUCUCCAAAAGUCUCUGUUGGAUCGCAGCCAUCCUGGAGAUAGUGGUUACAUUAUCAUCACAGCAGAAGAACUUAGUUCAUGUAAAGAGGAAAUUGUUGUUCAGUUUCUUGGGAGGAAUCUUGAAAAUAGAGGCUGGUUCUGUUCCACUAUCAACCCAUUUCUUGAGUUUUAUAAAGCUAAUGAAGAUGGAACAUUCACUCUUGUGCAUCGUACUGAACAUGUACGUGGAGCAGAAGACCCAGUAUGGAAGGAAUUCUCCAUACCCUUGCGAUCAUUCUGUAGUGGAGACUAUGAUCGCAAUAUUAAGGUUGUUUGCAAUAAUUUCAAAGUUAAUGGUAGUCACAAGCACAUUGGCACCUUUUACACUACAGUAAAAAAGAUCAUUGAAGGACCUGGUGGAGAAACUCCACUCUGGCUGAUCAAUGAGCAAAGAAAGAUGCAGAAGGGCAGCAGCUACAAAAACUCUGGGGAGGUGUUUGUGAACAAGGCUCACAUUCGACAAGUAUUCUCCUUUCUUGAUUACCUUAAAGGUGGCAUGGAGAUAAAUGCUUUCAUUGCCAUUGAUUUCACAGCUUCAAAUGGUGAUCCCAAGUCACCACAAUCACUUCACUUUCUACAUUCACAAACUCCCAAUCAGUACGUCCGUGCCAUCACCUCAGUGGGAGAAAUCAUAGAAGACUACGACACAGACAAGUUCUUUCCUGUUCUUGGCUUUGGAGCAAGAAUGCCUCCUGACUACACACAAGUGUCACAUGAGUUCUUUGUCAAUGGGGAUCCUUCCAAUCCCUUUUGUCAUCGAGUCCAGGGAGUUCUUGAGGCCUACUAUAACUGCCUGAACCGUGUACAGCUCUAUGGACCUACCAACUUUGCCCCAAUUGUGAACCAUGUAGCACGCUUUGCUGCCUCAAACAAGGAUGGGGAUAAGUAUUUCAUUCUUCUGAUCUUGACGGAUGGGAUCAUUACAGAUAUGCCUCAGACCAAAGAGGCUAUUGUAAAUGCCUCCUCCUUGCCUCUGUCAAUCAUCAUUGUUGGGGUUGGUAAUGCAGAUUUUGACAACAUGGAAGAAUUGGAUGGAGAUGUGGUGCGUCUUUCCAGCAAUGGUCGGUAUGCUUCCCGAGAUAUUGUUCAGUUUGUUCCAUUCAGGGAUUUCUUGAAGGGGAUUGGGGAUCCUCGCACGGCUAGGCUUAGACUGGCACGAGAGGUUCUAGCAGAGAUACCAGACCAGGUUGUUUCGUAUAUGAAAGCCAAAAACAUCCCACCACAGCCGCCAAAGGUUAAUGAGGCCCACUUGCCAUCAGAUCACACUGCCAUUGAUGCCUAACACAUCUAGUUAUGUGUAUUUUUUAUGAAUGUUUCACUUUUAUAUGGUAUUUAUCAUAUAUUCUUUAUGAAACUCGUCAACUUUUACAUUGAUGUAAUCUAGUGCAUGGUGAUAUCCUGUACUAUUGUGUACCAGUCAGUGUUAGAAGUACUUUAUGAAGUAAAUCUAGUUUAUGUAGAACAAGCAGUACAUGGCAAUCUCUCAGUGCACUUUAGAAUUGAUACAUUUUAUAAAGUUUUCAGGAAAAUAUUGCUGUUCAUUGAUGAUAUGGUAUAUUGAUUAUUUUGCAUGCCUGUCAGUGCCUAAAAAAAAUAAUCACUUAAGUUUGUUAAGUUAUUCAGGUUUAAGCAGCAUUAGUUUUAUGCUGUAGGUAAUAUUUCAUUAUAAUGUAUUCCAUCAGGAAAAGCAAAGGUGUCACAGAAUCUUGAUUAGUUGGUACCUAUAAUGGGUAGAUGGCAAUCAAGUAACUAGUUCAGUGCACGGUGGGUGAUAUUGCAAAGAAGAAAGUCUUUAUUUGCAGACUUAAAAAGAUUCAAGGAAGCCAAAACUAUUAUGAAGACAUCAUGAAGUAAAAGAAAAUCAAUAUAAAUAAAACAAUGAAAAGUUAAUAGUAAAUAGAAAUUUUGGAAGGAAAUUUCAAUUAAUCAGUAACGAAUAUGCAAGUCUCUUAUCAUCUGAAGGGAUGCAAUAUUUUGCAAAUGUGUCGUGAUAUAUGCUUGAUGUGUGAAGAAAGUAAUAGAAAUUGGCAACAAUGGUCAAAUGAUAUUUUUUAAAGAAAUCAGGAUGAGCAUAUGAAAGGUUAGCAGGAGGUGAUACCAGAUUGUGAAAUACUUCACAAUUUUUAAGAAUUUCAGUGUGAUUCUGAGUUCAGACAGCUGGAUGACUAAACUUGCAGGUUAUUGAUCAUAUCUUGUUUAUUAAUGCAUAUUAUUAUUAAGGAAAAUUAUAUAUAUAUAUAUAUAUAUAUAUAUAUAUAUAUAUAUAUAUAUAUAUAUAUAUAUAUAUAUAUAUAUAUAUAUAUAUAUAUAUUUUUUACUAUCGAUUAAGCAGCAGAAUCUUUGCAGCUUUAUUUUUGUGGUGGAUAUAGAUAAGAGUAUAAGUUUAUUCAUGUCAGGAAAAUUGAUGUGCUCCUCUGAUGACCCUCACCAAUCUUGAAAUAUGAAAUUACACAUGGUUAACCUAUCCAAAAAUUUUCUCCAUGUAACUCUGAUGUGCUUUUGCAAGAAUUGGAAUCCUAAAUUGUGUAUGGUUAUCUUAUGAUUGUGUAAUUAGCACAUAACUUGGGUGAAUUGAAAUGUAUCCAAGUUAAGUUUAAUUGAAUCUUAGUCUGAUUUAUUGGAAUAUAAAUCAAGUUUAUGGCAUCAUAAGUCAAGUUUAGUGGGACUUGCUUAUAGUUUAUUAGAACUUCAACUUAUUUUGGAGUCAGAAGGACUGCUGAGCUCAAAAAUUUGCUUUGCACUACUGGCUCAGGAACUCAGUUGUUGUGAAAGGUGAGAGUCAAGAGGAUUUUGCUUCCCACAACACAUUUAUCCCAACUACAAAUAGCUUUUGCAUGUUUCUCUCCAUUUCAUAUUACUGUUGUAAUCACCUUUAAAUUAGUAUAUGAAUAUCAAACCCUCCAGUCAGAAAUGCAAACUUUUGUUCUGCAUUCUACUUUGAUUAAUAAUUAUUAUUGUUGAUUUUCAUGUUUUUCAUCUUCCAAUUCAUAUAAAUGUGCAUGAUGUGAGUGUUUUAGUGUAAAGCUGCAUGCAUGGUAAAGUGGGUUCUUAAUUUAUGUGAAGGAUAUAUUCCAAGUAAAUACAUGUAAUAUGUAGUAAGUAAUUCAGAUUGCAAUCAAAAUUUAAAAAAUACAAAUUAAGUUAAUAAGACCAUCCAAACUUACCAUAUGCUCUGUAUCGUAGUGUUGAUUAUUUCCAUUUCCAUGCAUAUUCAUGUUUUAAAUAUUUUUGUCAAGUUUGGGACACCUCUCAUUCUAAAUAUAUGUGCUUCCAACAUGUGUAAAUCAGGAAAGUCCUGUUCUUCACUGCUACUUAGUAUUUGCAUGCUUCAUGUAAGUUCAAUACUUUUCAUUGUUUAUCAUUGGUCACAGAUUUGACAAACUUUCUAUUUAUUUUGUGUAUGUCCAAUAAAUCCAUCUCUUUCUGUGAAGUGAUUGAAAAAAUAGUUCAGUGGUAUACUUUCCAGAAUUUUGGAAACAAUUCAUGGAAUAUCUUUGAUCAUUAUGUGUAUAUAAAAUUCUGACAGCAUAAGUAAACCUCCUAGUUACUCCUUUGAAGAUGAAUUUUAUGAGUAAAUUUACCCACUAACUAAUAUUUUUGUAACUGAUAAUAUCAAGGUCAUAAAAAAAUUCCUCCAUCCCAUAAGAAUGCCUGUCAAUGCUUUUAUUCUAUUGCUCAUUUGUUACCUGUUUCUUACAUACCAGUAACAAUGUGGCAUAUACUGAACACAAAAUUCCAUAGGAGUGAUUAGAUGCUGUUCCUUCUUUCCUUAACUUGCAUGAGUGAUUUUGUCUUUAGCUGUAUGUUGUUUACUUAAGUCCUAAUUAGAGUAAAAGUAAAUAUAUUUAGUAAAAAAUAACAUUUUAUAAAUAACAAGAUAUUUGUAGAUAACAACUUGUAGUGAAGCACAUCAUCAUGAAUAAUUUUUCAUGAUGAAUAACCAAGUUAAUUUAGUGAUAUAAAUUGUAAUGUCUGACAAGAAUUUGUGAUUUGAGAGAUAAGGCCAACUAAUGGUCCUUGGAGUUACAUAAAGACUGCUACUUUGUAUUGUGCGGCAAGUUUAGGUUGGAGUCAUAAAUGGACAAGAGGGAUCAGUGCUAUGUAGGUCACCCAUACCUGAGAAACAAUGGCAAAUUAUUUGGGAAGGAGGGUGGAGUGCAUCUAGGAAAUGAAUUCAGAGUGAAUUCAGCUUAGAGGUAAAUAUAUCAUCAUGUGCAACAUGAGAUUAUCAUUGUUUAUUGAUAACAAAGAAAAAAAUGUAUUCAAAUGUGGUCAUGUAUGUUGUUUCUUAUUGCUGCACACAUUAUAUCAAAACUAGGACCAAAAUGUAGAUUACUAUGCAGCGUAGUGCGGUGAAGUGCAAAUUAAGGGCUUCGUACAUUUCUUCAUCAAAUAUCCUUAAAUUACAAAGCUCUAUAGAUAAGUUAACAAAUUAAUUACAAUGUUACAGUAUUAUUUGUAAAAUUUAGGCUGUGAAUCAGCCAUUUGAUUCUGUAUUAGCCUUAGGCAAAUAUUGGUGACCUAGAGACAUGUAAUACUGUCCUUCAAAAAUUUUAGUUUCUUGAAUUAUGAUAGACUGUAUUAUACUGAUUAUGUAUAUGUAUAUAUUAUUUUCACCUCUUAACAGUCAUGAGUUCAUUUAAUGUGAAGCUUGUUCUAUGGAGAGGUUUGCUAUGUUGAGGGUGUGGAAACUCCAUUUUUAGAUCUUGAGGAACAUGUUGAAUAGGAAAGCUCUCAGUGUUAGCCACAAAGAUCUAAAAUCAGUUAAAUAUGUGAAAUACCUGUUCACAAAAGGAAGGAAUAUUUGUUUUGUAACUUUUGAAGGUGCUGAUGCAUUACUUGAUGCUAAGUCAGUAGUAAUAACCCAGACAUUGGCUUUUAAUUGCUGCUUUGACAGUUUCGUCUAGUUAAAUUUAUUUGGAUUUCUUCGCAUUUUUCUAUGAUAAGGGAGACUUGUUGGUUUGCGUGACUGCAUAAAUCUUAAGCAUGCUUUCCUUUAUUUACAAAAAUGUACUGAGUUUGGAAGUUAGCUUUUAACCUCUCUUGAGACUUUAUAUGAAAAGUUGGAUGAUCAGAGAUGUUUGCAAGCCAGGAAGUUGAAGGAUAGGGUAUCCCCCUGUGCAUAUACAUGUCACAUUAAGUGCACCUUAGAGGGAUCUCCCAUAUGUGUGUGUGUGUGUGUGUGUGUGUGUGUGUGUGUGUGUGUGUGUGUGUGUGUGUGUGUGCACCUUAAGUACAGUUAUAUUAAUGUGGUUUUCCUUUGUUUUUAUAGGACUUUAGAUAAACUUUUAUCGUACACAAAUAAGAUUAUUAAAAAGCUUCUUGACUUGAAAUAUUAUGGUGGAGAACACAUUAAUUAAUUACAUUCAUUAUUUCUUUAAAAUGAAGCUGGCACCUUUGUUUUCCUUUUUGUUAUUUUUUUACUAAACCAGAUACAAAGGUUUCAGGAGUAGGAUGUCAUGUUUAAUUUGAUUCAUACUGUAGUCUUGAUUAAGCAUGGCCAAACCACUUUAUUCUAAGGAUUUAAGCAUGGAUGCCAUGGAGAUUCCCCUGUCUGUUGCUCUGCUACCUCUGUCACUGUACUAUUUUUAUUGUCUAGUACAUUAACUAUUUUUUACUUCAGAAUGAAUCUCGACACUCCCAUUUCUUUUUAAAGUGCCAUGAAUAUUUAGUUUUCUUUUUUUAAGGGGAACAGUAUAUGCCUUUAACAACAUUUGACAACACUGCUUUCUGAUGUUACCAGGGCCAUAGUGGCUGGCCACAGCCAUGCACCACAAAUCAAAUGGAGGGGGGUGACUGAGGUCAUUCCUUCUCUGGCCACCUCACACAAUGGAAGCUUCCCUUCCUGCACCUGCCAUGCACAGUGGUAUUAAUUAAUUAAAUGAAAGGAAGAGAGAGAGAGAGAGAGAGAGAGAGAGAGAGAGAGAGAGAGAGAGAGAGAGAUGGCUGAAAUGGGGUUGGUAAUAGCAAGGGUAUUCUUGUACUGUGUAGUCAGAUUUGGUCAUGCAGUAGACAGCUGAAUUCCCAAUGGGGCCCACACCUAAAUGUAUGAACCUCUGGAAAUUUUCAGCUUUGGACUACUAUGGUGAAGUUUUCUGAGGUUAUUCAUUAUACUAAUACUUGAAAUAUUUGAAUGACUACCCUUACAUUUAUGUGCUGUAUCAUGUUAUGUGCUAGACUGACAGUCUGUGAUGGUUUUGAGUAUAGAAAAGCAUUUUAACAUUACUUAUAUCUACAAUAGUUAUUAUGUAUUGAUUUUUCUCUUAAGUAUUGUUAGUACAUUAGAUCCCUGUAGAUUAAUCAGACUUGAAUAUUUGAUGCUGUAGUACAAGAUGUGCAGCUAACUUUCCCACAAAUAUAAAGUAGCAGCAUUACCUGGGUUCACUGAAUGACCUCUAUAAAUUCAGAGGAUGUAGUUGUUACAGUGCCAUAAAGGAAUAUACUAUGGACUAAAUUAUAGUACAGGAUUGUACAGUGCACUACAAUAAUAUUAUAGUGCAGUACAGUGCCAUAUAGGGCAGCAUAAUUCUCUUAUUAUACCAGGCAUGAUUGAUUGACAACACAGAGUAGUGCAGUAUAAUACAGCAUUGUGCAGUGUACUGCAGAGUAAUGUCAUUAAUUUUAUUAAAAGCACAAUGCUUUCAUUGUACCAGACAUGACUAUUUAUCAUCACAUUGUUCACCACAUUUUUUUUAUUAUACAUAAAUUAUUUAUAUUAAUUUGUUCAUCAUACAUAAUCUGUGCUCAUUUUUAUCUGAAAGAGUGCAUUAUUUUCAUCACCAGUGAUUAAUAGUGAUGAAUGCUUUUAAUUUUGUAAGCAAAAUAUGACCUAUUAAGUCCAGUCUGUGUGGAUCCCCUUUUCCCCUUUGAGCUCCCUAAUGCAUGUUUUUUUUUUUUUUUUUUAAUGAAAGUGUAAGGCUUUGCUUGCUUAUAUCAUUAUUGUGUAUCUUGUGAUGGGGUUAUGGCAAUAUGACUCACAGCAUUACUUUUCAGUAUGCCAGCAUAACACAUUUUUGGGAUUAGUGUGUUUGGCUCACUCCUAAAAUGCCUCAGGUGUGAAUCUGGGACUGGCAGGAGACAAAAUUUGAUUUUGUCUCCUUUCCCUACUACAAUCCUGUUUAUCUUGCAUUGAAUAGGUACAGGAAAUAAGUUGUAUAAUUGUGAUUUUGGCAGGAGUAAGGUGCCAGCAGUCCUUCCUGCUUGUGUGUGUAUAUUAAAGCAAACACAUUUCUACAGCAUUUGUUUACGUACCUGGUUUGUCAUAUAAAACAAGAAAAUAUGAAAAUUUGUCAAAAGCAUAAUAAUCAUUUAUUUUCUUGGAAGCAAAAUAGAAAAAGAAAACUAAAUUUAGUCCAACAAUGUACUCCUUUCCCAGUGUUGUUAAAAAUAUUUUUAUUGUAAGUAAAUUGAUUAAGUUAAAUUAUAUUAAGAUUAUGAAAACAUCAAAGAUGUACUUGUUGAACACUAGUGUUUGUAUAUUUGUAUGUAACUGUAUAAUUUAGAGGUAUUUCUUUAUAUAUGAUAAAAGUUUAAAACUUAUAAAGAAUUGGUUGUAGGUCUGUUUACCAUCUGUUAUUUUGAAAUGUAUGGACUUUGUACUGUAGUGAUUUUAGAAAUUAACAUUCUCUAUGAUUUUGCCCAAAGGUACCAAUAUCUUAUGUGAUUAUCUUUUAUAUUUCAUACUACAGUGCCUCCCUAAUUCUUCAGCAAUUUGUUUAUCUAGUAUUGAGUAUCAGAGAUGAGGUACACUUAGUACCAUUUCUGAUGGCAGACAUUUGACCAUUACAGUGUAUGUAAUGUAUCUUGUCUUUACUCUUAUGACUAUUGACCUGGAUGUUGAAACAUUAAUUGUUUUCAUGGGUUUGCAGUUUCAUACUGAUGGAAGAAAACAUUUUUUUUGUUGGUAGUAAUUGGGAAAAAACUCAUUUCUAUCAGUAAUAGUAUAUGUGAAUGAAAACUGCUAUAAACCUCUAUGUGGCAGUGUCACAACUACUAUGUAGAUCAGUGGUUCUUAACCCCUGGGUCGUGACCCAAAUUUGGAUCACCAAACCAUUUCAAUGGGUCACCAAGGAUAUAUAUGUGCAUAGUUUUUUCCCAAUAUACCUAUUCAAAAUGUUAUCAACAUGGUGGGUGUUAUUGUGAGAAAUUAAUGUGAUAGUUUAUCACGACAAUGAUAUUAGGUUAUUGGUUAUCUGAUAGUUAUUUUUCCCACAUUAUCAAUUCAUCAGUAUUGCCGAUACUUUUGGUUCCAAGCUACUGAUAAUGGAUAAUUUUAGUUUUUGGAACGUGAGCAUGUUGAAGUUUUAAUAUUUCAAAAUCAAAUGAAGUUAUUUUACUUAAAACAGUACUUUUCAUUUGUUAAGAGACAGGAUAAACAUGUAAUUUUUUCUUGAAGUUUUCUAAUAUAAAGAUAAAAAUAAAGAUUUGGAUUUAUCAAUUUUUUGUUUAAAAUAUCAUUAUCGUUAUUGCUAGUAUUGGAAUUUUAGAUUCAUCAAUUUAUUGGUUAUCACUUAUCUGGUGAUAAAUUUAUCGCUAGUUAUCGAUUAUUGCCAAUAAGGUUAUCAUUAUUGAUUUAUCGGUUAUCGUGAUAAUUUUUUUCAUUAUCGUGCCCAGUUAUGGUUAUAAAAGUGACCUAUUGAAAUGGCUUGGUGAUCCAAUUUUGGGUCGCAACCCAGGGGUUAAGAGCUAUUGCUUAAUGAUCUUUAAUGCUUGGUGCUUAAAUUCAUUCACUCACUCACUCACUAUAAAGAGAAUUUCCUUGUCAUUGCCUUAUGGCCUUAGUUGCUUGGUGCUCCAAUUUACUCAUUCACUCACUUAAUUUAGAGAAUUACUUGUCAUUAAAAGAAAGUCCAUUAUCAGCCUCUUCACACUGUUAAGUGGAGGACUGCAAUGAAUUAUUGCUUUAUAGUCAUCUGUCUCACCUCUCAUAGAGCACUCUGGUGGUUGCACUGUAGGUCCAUAGAAACAUUUAAGGGUUACAUAAUAAAUGCAGAAGCAUCAUUUCAUCACUCGACUGAAAUUAUGAAUUUGAAUUUAUUUAAAUCCCUUGUCAAGUGAUAAGUACAUACUAGUUGGGUACAUAUGUUAAUUGCCUGAAAUACAGUGAAAUAUAUAUUUGUGCCUCAGAAUAAAUGCUGAUUUAAAAAGAAAUAUGUAUUGCAUCACUAGUUGGGGCACAUAGGCUAACUUAACACCAUUGGAACAGUUGCCAUAUAGACACUUCGUUAAAUGAACUUGGGUUUUUGUAUGCUGUUGGGCCUUGCUAUGGAUGUAAGUGGGCAGCUGUGCUAUACCUAAGCUUGGUUGUAAUAAGGCAGUCCACAAGACUAUCCCUUUCCAUCAAGGGCUGAUGGGGGUUAGUGUGUGAAUGAUAUGUGUGAGUGGGUGUGGUGCUUUGUCUGGGCCACCCUGUGUGGAAUUGGCCUGUUAUAUAGGUUGAUAGAUGAGAUUUUCCAUUCAGCCUAAGAAACAGACUAUUGGCAAUCGGCAGUUAGGCAAUCCCCAGUGUGCUCUUGCCAUAUUUGCUCUAGGGUUAUGAUUAAUCUGAUAUUUUUAUGUGUAGAGGUUUGUUCACUUCUGUACUUACUACAGAUUAAGUCCUGUCUGGGUGAAAAUCUAGUGUAAUUUCCCACUUUCACAUGGUUGAUGCUGCAAUAAUGUUCAUUUGUAAUAAUAACUUGUGGCCAUGUACUGUAGUUCCCAAAACACCACUAUUGCUCAUAGUGGCAUAGUCAUCCUAUGGGUGUGGUUGCUCCUUAGUCUGAAACAAUAUCCCAUAACUACCAGAGCUGUGUGGACAUUAUUUGUUGCUGUGUGCAUCAUUCCAUGUUCCUUCCUUGCAUUAAAGAAAGCCUUAUCACUUCUGAUGGAAAUGAACAAAGCUGAACUAUUAGUAAUGAUAAUGAAAAAAGUUGGACUGAUCCAAGUAAAAAAUAGGGAAUGUUCCAAGUCUGUAACACAUGUGUAUUCACCAACUUUUUUAUGUGAUGUACUGGACUUGUGCUAUACAGCCUGUCCGUUAUUUCUACCUCAAGUGUAGAGAAACCUGUUAACUUUAGCACUCUCCUAUAUUUAGGUAAUGUUCUAUGGCUGUACCUAUAUUGAACAUGUGAUAUAUUUUAUGAAUGAAACACAUUUGCCAUCUUUUAUAAAUGUAGUUCUAGCUUGGGAUAUCACAUACACUGAUGCAAGUGGCAUUAAUGUAUUUAGUUCAGUGUUGGUGUGAUCAACAUUUUGCACAAUUUCUUUUCCAAUAAGAUAAUCUCGUGGCAUAAUGGUAUGUUUAAGAUAUUUAAGAUAUCCUUUUAAAUCAUGAAUGAUCUUGUACUAGAUUUGGGAAAAAUGCUGAUUUUGAAAGCUAGUCUUGGGUACAUUAUUUGUGUAUCUAAUUACUCCACAAAACAUGACGUGACAGCAAACAUGAUUCGUUCCAAGGUAGCAUUUGUUAUGGCAGAUGUGUGUUAUUGUGACUGAAGAGCCUAUGGGAAAAAAAAUUAAUUGGUUUCAGGGAACCAGAAAAUAAUAAAAAAAAUUCCCCCCCCCAAAAAAAAUGCAUCAAAAUGAGCACAUUUGCUACUACAUUUGAAUAACACAACAUAUAUAUACAGUACUCUCCCAAGUGUCAUGCCUUGUCCUAAAUUCUUAGUAUCCUGAGUUUUGCACUGCUUUGGCAAGUAUUGGUCACAUUCACCUACUGUUGAUGUCACUUGUAUACAUAAAGUAAAUCCUGUCUAAGUUGGAGUUUCUCUCUCUCUCUCUCUCUCUCUCUCUCUCUCUCUCUCUCUCUCUCUCUCUCUCUCUCUCUCUCUCUCUCUCUCUCUCUCUCUCUCUCUCUCUCUCUCUCUCUCUCUCUCUCUCUCUCUCUCUCUCUCUCUCUCUCUCUCUCUCUCUCUCUCUCUCUCUCUCUCUCUCUCUCUCUCUCUCUCUCUCUCUCUCUCUCUCUCUCUCUCUCUCUCUCUCUCUCUCUCUCUCUCUCUCUCUCAGUAAAUACUGCACAUUUAUGAAACACACACACACACACACACACACACACACACACACACACACACACACACACACACACACACACACACACAGUCAAAUUGUGCAUGUUUGUUGGUCAACACAGAAAUUUAGAUCAAUCAGUUGUUACUUAAUUUUCCCCAGUUUUAUUCUCUCAAAUUGAUAUUUAAUUUUUUAUAAUAUUUUUUCUUGAUGUAGUUGCAAAACUUUUAUUAAAUAUUAAUAUGUGAAUUUUAUAAUGCACUUGAUUUACUUAUGUUGUUUAAUUUUUUUUCUGACUAUAUAUGUCAAUGUUAGUGAACGUCAUGGACCUACCUGGUUGUCCCUUUGAUGGAAAUGGUGUGUGAAGUACAACAGGUAGUCGACAAGUAAACUGCAAGAGGGGAAGAGUGAGGAAAAAAGAAGGUAACUUACUUAUGUUAAUGCUAGAAGGGUAAAGAAAAAUUAUUAUUGAUGUAUAUAAUUUUAAGGACAGCAUUUUAGGGAAUAUUUCUGAUUCAUCGGUGAAUAUAAGAAAAUGAAAUGUGGAUUAUGGGAAAACAUAAAAGAAUGAAAAUGAAAUGUGGAUUAUGGGAGAGCAUGCUCCUGAGAAAGGUUAGGGCACAUGGGAUAGAUGGGAAGGUGUUAGGCUGGAUAGGGUCAUGGCUUAGUGACAGGUGACAAAGAGUUGUAAUAAACGGCUCAAAAUCUGAGUGGGGUCAUGUAAUUAAUGGGGUGCCACAGGGAUCAGUAUUAGGGCCAGUGUUAUUUAUAAUAUAUAUCAAUGACUUGGAUAGUGGAAUUAGUAGUGAUGUUGGUAAAUUUGUGGAUGACACAAAGAUAGGUAGAUUAAUUAGGUCAGAAUCGGAUGCCAUCGCCUUGCAGGCAGAUUUAGAUAGAAUGAAUGAAUGGAUGGAUAGAUGGCAAAUGCAAUUUAACAUCAAUAAAUGCAAAGUACUUAGCAUAGGUAGAGGAAACCCACACAAUAGGUACACAUUAAACAACCAAACUCUGGUAGGUACAAGUUACGAGAAAGAUUUAGGAGUUAUAGUUAGCUCUGAACUCCGUCUAGGGAAACAAUGCACAGAAGCCAAAAACAGGACAAAUAGGGUACUAGGAUUAAUUUUUAGGAAUGUUAAAAGUAGAAGGCUGGAAGUAAUAUUAAAGUUAUACUUGGCCUCAUCUAGACUACGCUGUGCAGUUCUGGUCCCCACGUUACAGGAAAGAUAUAGGUCUAUUAGAAUCAGUACAGAGGAGAAUGACUAAAAGGAUACAGGGGAUGGGGAGUAUUCCUUAUGAGGUGAGAUUGAAGUUGUUAAAUUUACAUUCUUUAGAAAGACGUAGGUUAAGAGGGGACCUGAUAGAAGUCUUUAAGUGGUAUAAUGGUUAUAACAAGGGGGAUGUAGGCAAAAUUCUUAGGAUCAGCAACCAGGGUAGAAUAAGAAAUAACGGGUUCAGGCUUGAAAAAUUUAGGUUUAGGAAGGAGAUAGGAAAAAAUUGGUUCUCAAAUAGAGUGGUAGAUGAAUGGAACGGACUCAGUAAUCAUGUUGUUAGUGCCAGGACACUAGAGAGCUUUAAGAGAAGAUUAGACAGGUUUAUGGAUGGGGAUAAUAGAUGGAAAUAGAUAGGUAUAUUUCAUACAGGGACUGCCACGUGUAAGCCUGGUCGCUUCUUGCGGCUUCCUUUAUUUCUUAUGUUCUUAUGUUCUUAUGAAUAUGCGGUUGAUGGGGCUUAAUGAGUCGCAGAGGAACAGGAUAUUAUUUACCUCUGUAAUACAUUUGUUCUCUGUGAAAGAGUGGAAUGUUUAGCAAGCAUGGAGGAGAUCCUUUCAGUGUCUCCAGUAUCCAAAAAUUACAGUGCAUAUUGGAAAGAAAACAUAAAUAAGUAAGUAAAAAAAUAAGGUGAUAGUAAUAGGGAAUCAAUAUUUAUAGCAAAUGUAAACUAGGAAGAAGUAAAAAGAGUAUGUGAAAUAAAUAAAUUUAAGACAACUAUAACACUGACAUAAACUAAAGAAUUUGAAGGGAGGUGAUGAGAUUUCUGCCAUGGCUUUCCUUCUUAGAGGUAUUCCAACCAAGGCAUUGGUUUAUACAAUUUUCUUGGACUUUAUUUGGUUAUUUUGUCAUCUGUGCCUGUCAUGUAUGUGUUUAAUUACAAAUAUAUUGCUACAUAUAUAUAUACUUAAGAUUCUUACAUGGCUUACAUUUUAGAAUGAUCUCUGGAGUAACUUUCCAGUUUUAAAUUUUUGAUCCCUUUUAUAUAAGUAAUGCAAUUUAAUUAUCUAUAUAUUUUUAAUUAAACAUUGAGGUUUGCAAGUACAUAAUAUGGUAACAAGUAUUGCCUCCCAUGUGGCCUUGUUAUAACAUUAAGAAGGCUUGAUAAAGAUAAUUGCCAAUAUCAUAAAACUGUUUUACUGCAAGUAAACAUAGUGUGGCACUAUUGUGAACUUGGCAGUUACAUUUUGGUUUUAAUUUUUUGAAAGAUGUAAAACAUUUUUUUUUCUUUACUUAGAAAUUGUCAUCACACACACACACACACACACACACACACACACACACACACACACACACACACACACACACACACACACACACACACACACACACACACACAUAGUGGAAUACAAGUAGACCAUAUGAAGAGGUUAUAGAGGCAAGGAAUGUACACCAACUAAAGAAAAAAAUAGAUGUAUUGGUACAGAGCCAGGAUCACAUAAGUGUAAUGCAGGCUGUGUGUGCUACAACUACAGCUAAAUACACAACUGAAAAAGCUAUAGUACAGUAAUUAGUGAAAUAGCUGUAGUACUUGUACAAAAUGAAACAAUCAACAACGAAAUGCACAAAGCUGAUACAGCAGCAUCUUUGUUAUGAAGUAUAACCUGUACAGAAGUGUAAGGAUUCUGGAGCUUAACUUUUAGGAUCACUGAAUUUGAAGGCAAACUGAUAACCUUGGAGGUGAAAAUAUUGAAAGCAUAUAAACUUAUUAGAUUGUCAUGAGCAUUACAUUAGCAAUGAAUGUUGGAGUUAUGAAGCAUUGCAGUCACUUUCAGAAUGAAGACUGAUCUGUAUACUUUAGAUAAUAAAUUUUAUGUAAAGUAUCAUUCAGUGCAUCUUAGGUAUUCAAUAAUGAAUGUUUAUAUAUUUUUACUUAACAUGAAAUGCAUAAAAACAAGACUUGUUGAAAAUAGGUAAUACCAUAAGAAUCUUUGGAGUACUACUUUUUACAAAGGGAAUCAAAGCAAGAUAACAGAUUCUAUCCCACUAUUCUGCUAUUGCAUUAAUUUCUAUUCUUUGCCAUGUCAUGUUUUGAUGUAGGAAACCAAGUCAAGUUGGUCCCUGCAAAUUACUCUUGUAAUCUCAUAUACCAAGUACAGUCUAGAUCUGAUUUUUAUGGACACACACACACACACACACACACACACACACACACACACACACACACACACACACACACAUUACAUAUACUAUACUGUACUUUGCUUUCAAUGUAUGGAAGAAUGAAGUAUGAUAUUGAAUUAGAUCACUAGUGCAUAAUCACUAUGACCUAUUGAUGGAUGACAAAACUGUUACAAGCAUGCUCAUUAGUGAUUUAAUAAAUUCACUUUGCCUCAGUCAUUAUCAUGGUAAUGCAGUAACUUCCUUUUUAUUAUGAAGAUCAAGCGUUUUGUGUUGUGUGGUAUAAUGGUAAAAUAAUGGGAAACAAGACAGUGAUGUAUUGAUGAUACCCAAAUUCUUAAAAUAUUCUGAAAAUGUUAAAUUUAGUAGCUCAGUUUGGGAUAGAUCAAAACUAAGGACAUUUCAAAACUCAUGUUAUUAAGGUAAAAGUGACUCUAGAACAGACUAGUAAUUGCUAACACAUGGUCAUAAUUAAAAAGUCAGAGAAAUAUAAGAUGCAGAAGCAAUCUCCUACAAGCCUCUCCACAAAGAUCUCAGGUUUUUUCAUUACAGAAUCUGUCUAAUAAGUAUUUAGAGAAGUUAAAAGUUGUAAGAAAGCCUUUUAUUGUAGUAGUUCUUUGCAUAGACAAAAGAAUGCACUGCACAGCACAUUGAGAGUAGAUGUACAUGUAAGAUGUGUACAAAAUGGACCAUGUUUUACAUGACAUAGGGAUUCAGCAGUACUAGAGGAAGUAUGCAUGUAUAUCUAAACUUUGAUAAUUUAUGAGGUAGCUUAUAUUGUCUUAGUGGAUUAAUGUGACUUGCAUGCCAGUUCACUAAUUCCUUCCAUAUUGUAAGGAUGUAAAAUGUACAUAUGGUUCCUGAAAUAAGGGAUGAGAUACAUGUUACAAGGUUGCAUUCACUUCAAUUGACACAUGUAUACACAAAAAUAGGUACCUAUGAAAAAGACUUAAUGUGUAGUGUGAUCUCUUUUAUACUUUCAUAUACUAAUGUUAACAGGGCAUCGUUUUACUAUGAAGUAUUUCCACCUAUGGUUAUUUGUUAUAUUUGUGUGAUGUAUUUUUAUUGCUCCAGUUUAGAACAUCCAGUUAAAUGUAUUGUAUGUUUGAAAUAUAUAUAUGCCAAUACCUUAUCAAA